GAAGAUCACUCUGAGGUUUGAAGUUGUGUGCGGACAACCAAUAGUUUACGAAUGGAUGAAACAAGGAAUUAGAGAGGACAUCACAGUGAAUCCUCCAGAGGUAUGUGUUAGAACCAGUAUAACUCCCAUAGCAGUUGGGAGGGAACUAUCAGGGGAGGUUGUUGAGGGUGGGGACGGGGUAACAGUUUGGCAAUAUGUCUGCAGGGCGUACUGUCCUAGUACAGGAGAAUCCGUGUACUCAGAUAUAGUUAGUAUCAGGGUUGCCAAAUCAACAACUAACGAAUGCAGUUUCCCGAAGUUUAAGAUUGCUCUAAUAAUCUGCGAGGAAAAAUAUCAAAAAGUUUCGCAGUUUUCCAACCUUAAAGCCACCAGGAACGAUGGCGAGUCACUAACUUACUGA